UAGCCGCUGAUAUGUCUCCGGGUUUAGGGGUCGAGUUUGAAGCAAAUGGUUUCUCUCUAGCUAGAAAUCCGGAGUGUACCUACGAACAAACUGAUCAGCUCAAAAGAGGAGUUUUAGGAGGAAGAAAGAGGGAUACCUAGCAGCUGACUGUUGACACAACACUAGUUAUGGCAAACAGACUCCAACCCGAAUACAUCUUGAACGGUCAGGUAGUUAAGCUUUUGUCCGUCGUCAUCGAGCGUUUUUCAUGGCUGAUAGACCUUUCAUAGCUCGAAUGGAAUCCUUCUUCAGACUCCCCAAGAAUGGCAGUUGAAGGGUUAGAUGGAUGCACAUGGACUAUCCCACCAGACACACUGUCACCAGGGGCGGCUGCAGGUCUUUCGUGGCAGCACCAAAUAACUACACCUAUGUCUCUGGAAGCUUUGCAUGACAUUAUCGGAAAGGCCAGAGCAAAAUAUCUGGCACCACCAGUUAGCUUGCUUACUGAGACGAACCAUCGCGUUCAGGGGCUAGUUUACGUUUCUACUGAGUUUUUCCAGUCCUCUCCUGAAGCGUUGCCGACGACUCCAACGUCGGAUAUACUAGGGUCUUUUUCGUUAGGCCUUAGCUAUGCCAAAGCUGCCGAUCGUUACAUCUCCGGCACUAGUCCCAAGUUCAGACUUCCUAUCACGCUGAGAAAUGACUUUCAGAGCAGGUUCAAUUUGAUCAAAGGCGGUUUAGGCUCCUCCCUAGAUAACGGAGCCAGUGCUUUAUACAGUAUCGUCAAAACCCUAGCAUGUUAUAGAUGGUAUACAGAUGAUGAUAUGUACCAACUUGAAAUAGAUCAACUCUACCGUAACGGAGACUUAGCUAAUCUAAUCAUCGGCACGAAGAGGGAUGAACUGAAAUAUUCGCUAACCGGGGGUAAAAUCAACCCACCACCAAGCUUCACCAUAAAGGAGUGGACGAACGAUCUACAAGCCAAUAAGGGGACCGAAUGUCUGCCGGCGAUAAGACGUGCGAUGGUCAGAUCGGCGGCUUUGGGGACAGAAUGGAGUAUGCCCUUGGUACAACUAGGUUGGUACCCCUGUUCAAGUUCCGAGACCUGGGUAGUAGCAUGGCAUCACAAUUCGCAACUGUUGUCACGGUGGCCGAAACUGAUAUUAUCAAUUAUCAUAACAUAUGGAAAUGCCCCAGCAACGACGAUUUCAAGGAGGACCCAUCGAAGUGUUCAACGCCAGCUCACAGCACGUUCAGCCAACGUAAUUUCUGUUACUAUGAGCUGAUUCCCCUUGAAGCAGCCGGCGAGGUCGGCUUUGAAGGCAUCUGCGGUGCCCUCAGUUCAGUGCGGCUAUAACAAGGGCAGAGACUAGGCUUGAAUCUGAAGCUAUUCACGAUACAAUAAUCUGCUAGCACUGCUAAAGCCUGCGCAAUCAAAUUCCUUCUUAGCUCCAGUGGCUCAAUUUUUACUAUACACAACGUUACGGUCUUCGCUUCGGCUUCGGCUAAUUCUCAAAGCCCGAGAUGUCUCAUGACCACCGCAGCCUGUAUAACCUGACUUCCAUUACAAGGCUGCAUACCUCAUGAAGCAA